GGCAGGAAGCGGAGCAUGGGGAGGAAACAGCAGCACCCAACCACACAUCACGUGGUGUCGGUGCAGACGGGGCAGUGGGGACGUUGAGUUGACAGAGGGGCAGCACAGAUGGAUGCUCUGGGCUGCAGGAUGGAGGAGGCGGUGGUGAAACAGGGCGUGCUGCACCUGCAGCUGCAGCAGACCUUUGGCAAGAAAUGGAAAAAGUAUUGGGGCGUUCUGUACCGGGAAACCCCCUGCUCCACCGCCCGCCUGGAGCUCUUCGAAAGCGCCGACAAACCGCGGAAGGGCGAGAGCAGCCGGCGCCUGGUGAAGCUGAGCGACUGCGUGCACGUGGCCGAGGCGGGCGGCGAGGCGGGCUGCCCCAAAGCCACGGCCCCAUUCCUGCUGGAGACCACCGAGAAGCGGUACCUGCUGGCGGCCGAGGGCGGCGAGGCGGAGGGGUGGGUGAGGAGGCUGUGCCAGCUGGCGUUCCCGAGGAGCCAGGAGGAGCAGGGAGUGGGGAAGGACAGAGAGCUGAGCUCCGACAGCGAAUUCUCCAUGGCUGAAAACUCCCUGUACAGCUCCCACAAAGGCAUGGAGCACGACUUCGAGGUGAUGCUGAGGGCCACCGAGUCCUCGGAGCGCUGCCGCCUGCGGGGCCGCUUCGUGCUGCGGGCGGGCGAGGAAGCCUUGGAACUGCAGGAUGUGCAGAGCAGGGAUGUCCUUUACAGCUGGCCAUAUCGCUUCCUGCGGCGCUUCGGGAGGGACAAGGUGACUUUCUCCUUCGAGGCCGGCCGGCGUUGCGCCUCCGGCGAAGGGAACUUUGAGUUUGAGACCAGACAAGGCAACGAGAUCUUCCAGGUGAUCGAAUCGGCCAUCGCCCUGCAACGGGAACGGGGCGGCCCUGGGGACGAGGGCACACGGCCACGCCAACAAACCCAGCUCCCCGAGCGGGCUCAGGAGCACGAGGAGCACCGUGCAAAGAGCAUCUACACCGAACCCUGCGGCCCUUUGAUCCACACCACCCCAUCAGCCGUGCCCAAAGCUCCGGAGAAGGGCGUGAGGAAGGAUGCUGUGGGUGAAUUGGAGUACGCCGUUCCCUUCGAUACCAUCGCCAAGUCGCUGAUGGUUGGAAAAUUCGGGAGCAUCCUCCAGGGCCCCGCUGAUGCGCCGGAUCCGCUGUAUGACAGCAUACAAGAGUCAGGUGGGCAUCCUCCAUUGCCUCGUCCCCGCGCUAAACCGGAGCACAUCUACGAUGAGCCUGAGGGUGUGUGCCCCCACACCGUCUACGAUGAGCCCCAGGUGGUGAAGGGCGAAGCGUGGAGGCUGCAGGCUGCCCCCGAGGAACCUGCAGGGCACAAAUAUCCCUACAACCCACAGCGGGACGACUACGCCGUUCCCAAGAGAGCCGUCCCGCUGCGGCAGGGCAAGGAGUGGUUCGGGGACACCGAAUACGACAACGUGGUCUUUCAGUUGGCCAAGAAGAGGAACAAGCAGUGAGAGGGCACGGGGUGCUCGGCCCCCAUCGCCAGCGGUGCACAUCUGGACAGCUGCGGCCGCUGGAGGGCACUGCGCGCCCGCGCUGUGGGAUCGGCACCGCCAGACUCAGAGCGGAGCACGGUGCGCCCCAGAGCCCGGCUAAGCGUGGUCCCAAAGGGUGCGUGCCCCACACCAUAAAGGUGGAGUGGGGAAGCACGGAGCCAGGGGUGCACAUCCAUCAAAGAGCUGGGCGGGGGUGAACAUCCCAGGGAUGCACAUCUCUUACUGUAAGGGCUGGAUGCUGAUGCGCGUCGCAGGGAUGCACAUCUCUCAACUCUAAAGAGCUGGGUGGUGGUGAACAUUGCAGGGAUGCACAGCCUGCACCGUAAGGGCUGGAUGCUGAUGCACAUCCCAGGGUUGCAGAUCCCUUACUGUAAGGGCUGGAUGCUGAUGCACGUCCCAGGGAUGCACAUCCCACACCAUAAGGGCUGGAUGCUGAUGCACAUCCCUUACUGUAAGGGCUGGAUGUUGAUGCAUGUCCCAGAGAUGCACAUCCCACACCAUAAGGGCUGGAUGCUGAUGCACGUCCCAUGGAUGCACAUCCCACACCAUAAGGGCUGGAUGCUGAUGCAUGUCCCAGAGAUGCAGAUCCCACACCAUAAGGGCUGGAUGCUGAUGCACGUCCCAGGGAUGCAGAUCCCACACCAUAAGGGCUGGAUGCUGAUGCACGUCCCAGGGAUGCACAUCUCACAUCAUAAGGGCUGGGUGCUGAUGCACAUCCCAGGGAUGCACAUCUCUUACUGUAAGGGCUGGAUGCUGAUCAUAAGGGCUGGUUGCUGAUGCAUGUCCCAGGGAUGCAGAUCCCUUACUGUAAGUUCUGGAUGCUGAUGCACAUCCCAGGGAUGCACAUCCCACACCAUAAAGGCUGGAUGCUGAUGCACAUCCCAGGGAUGCACAUCCCUCACUGUAAGUUCUGGAUGCUGAUGCACAUCCCAAAGAUGCACAUCCCGCACCAUAAGGACCAGCUGGCAAAGCACAGCCUCAAGCACUCACAUCCCACGCCGUAGUGGCAGCAGUGCACAGCUCUGGCGUUGCACACUGCACGUUGCACACGGCUUGCAGGCUGUGCACACUGCAGGGAUGCACGUUGCACACCAUACAAGUUGGUCCCCAAGCAGAGCUGCCGUGUCCCGGUGCUGGGGAAAGUUCCCCAUCACCCCACAGCUCUUCCACCCAAGGCAAAGCAAAAGCCAUGAAUUAUUUAUGCUCUCUCUCAAUCAAAUAAAUGGUUAGGUGCUUGAGUUAAUUUCCUGAAGCCUGAAAAUCCAAAGUGCAGACUUUUAAUAAGGCAAAUUAAGUGCUUUAUAUAUUACACUGAUUAAAGCUGCGUAUCAAUCCA